CUCUAGGGUUUUUUCUUCCGUUUACACCUCCGUAGUAGCAGCUUUUACCCUGGUUUCCUUCAUCCUCUCCCUCGCCAGUCUCAGCCAUGGCCGCCGCCGAAGUAGUGGAUGCGGAGAUGCAGCAGGCGCUGACCAAUGAGGUCAAGCUCUUCAACCGUUGGAGCUUCGAUGAUGUUUCGGUCACAGACAUCAGUCUUGUUGACUACAUCGGAGUUCAGCCGGCGAAACAUGCGACCUAUGUUCCUCACACUGCUGGAAGAUACUCAGUGAAAAGGUUCAGGAAGGCUCAGUGCCCAAUUGUGGAGAGGUUGACAAACUCUCUUAUGAUGCAUGGAAGGAACAACGGUAAGAAAUUGAUGGCUGUGAGGAUUGUCAAACAUGCCAUGGAAAUCAUCCACCUCCUGACCGACUUGAACCCAAUUCAAGUUAUCGUCGAUGCCAUCGUGAACAGUGGGCCCCGUGAGGAUGCAACCAGGAUUGGAUCUGCCGGUGUGGUCAGGAGGCAAGCCGUCGAUAUCUCUCCUCUAAGGCGAGUCAACCAGGCAAUCUACUUGCUCACGACCGGAGCACGUGAGGCUGCAUUCAGAAACAUCAAAACCAUUGCAGAGUGCCUUGCCGAUGAGCUAAUCAACGCAGCUAAAGGCUCAUCCAAUAGCUAUGCCAUCAAGAAGAAGGAUGAGAUUGAGAGAGUUGCCAAGGCCAACCGUUGAAGAACCCUUUGCCCCGCACUUGCAUCUCUUCAUAGAGUGUGUUUUGUUUUGCAUUAUUUUUUUGUUUUCUCUAGCAUGGGAUGGUGUUUCAAGAUGUUUUUUGUUCUAUGUUUUAAGAACUUAAUUUGAUCAACACUCUUUUUCUAAGUAGAUAAACUUUUAGACUACCGUCUUUA